AUGAAAGGGAACGUAAAACUCUUCAGAGCACAGAGGAAUUUCUAUAUUACAGGUUUUGCUAUAUUCUUAGCUUUCGUAAUACGUAGACUUGUCACUAUGCUUAUAAUUCAAGAUGAAUUAAGCAUGAAGGCCGAAAAGAUCAUAAAAGAGGCUGAAGCUACUGUAAACCUGGCUAAGACAACUGUUUUGGCUAACACUUUGAAUGCCUCGGAACAGAACUAUGAUGAUAUGAAAGAAAAACUGGAACUGAAGGAAGAUUUGUUAAGAGCAGAGCACAGUAGGAUUAGAGAGUUGGAAGGAGAGAUUUUAAAAUGGAAAACUAAGUAUGAAGAAGCCAUUGCUACAGUUAGUGUGGGGAAAGGUGAUGAGUAA